CCCUUGCGCGGUCCAAUCACAGCGCUGCGUUUCUGUUUCCGGGAUGUUUGGUGAUGUGGCUCUAAAAUCCUGGAGACGAAAUUGAUCAAAUAAACCACGCAGCUCUUCCCUGCUCCGACUACACAGGUCAGCCAUGUUUAGCCGGCUGACCCAAGGGGUGUCCUCUGUCCUCCAGGAGCUCUCAGGUGAGGAACGCUCCGAUGGAGACGUCCAGGAUGGUCUGGUGCCUCAGCCCCAGCCUGAUGCUGAAGCAUCCCCAGAGGGCUCGGCACCCUCCGAAGAGGUUCUGGAGAGGCUGGCCCAGACCGAACAGCUGGUGGUUCAGCUUAAGGAGCUGAUUCGAGAAAAGGACAGCCAGCUUGCCAACACUGAAAAACAGCUCAAGGAGGAGAAAGAACAGGCAGAAGUGAAGUUUACAAAGCUUAAACUGCAGGCCAAAGCCAAGAUGGCUUCCCUAACCAAACAGCUCAAUGAGCUGAAAGGACAAGAAGCAUUGAACAGCAGUCAGAAUUCAGAGAGCUCCUUCCAAAUGCCUCCAGGAGUGGAGGAGGAACUCCAGCAGCUGAAAGAAAAGCUCAGCCAGGCGGAGUCGGAAAACAAGACCCUUCAACAUCAGCUCUGGGAGGCUGAACAGCGUGUGAGAGAGGAAGGUCAUGCAGAGCAGGUGCGAAUUCUGCAGGCUGUAGUCAAGGAAAAAGAUGUGCGGUUUCAAGAACAAAUCCUCAAACAUGAACAGGAACUGGUCAAUCUCACACAGGCCUCAAAUGACCCUGAUUUACAGCAGGCUCUUCGUGUAUCCCAGGAGCGCAUAGAGGAGUUGGAGGAAUCCUUGCGCUCUCGUUCAGAAGUCUUAGAAAUGCUGCAACAGGAACUCAACAGCGCAGACCAGCAGAAACAGAUUCUGACUGCUCAGUUCAGGCAGAUGGAGUUGGAGUUGGCAGAAGCCCAGAAACUGAGAGAAGAGGAGAGGCAGCAGUGGGUAAUGCGUGCUGAGGAAGAACUCCAGGCUCUUAGAGCCAGACUACAGACUUCAGAGAGUGAGAGAGAACAGACCGUCAAUUCUCUCAACACCGAAUUACUGAAAAAGACCACAGAGAUGGAUGAAAUGACAGCAAAACUUGAAUCUGCUGAAAGAGAGAAAGAAGAAACGCUGGAGAAAUUGAAAGAAAAAGAAAAUGUCUUUGAGGCAGAGCUGGCCAAAUUGAAAGUAGGUCUAGAAGCCAGAUUGGAGACCUCAGAGAGUGAGAGAGAGCAGACCAUCAGUACACUCACCAUCAACGUCACCCAACUUAAUGCUGAAUUGCUGAAAAAGACCAUAGAGUUGGAUGAGAUGAGAGCAAAGCUUGAAUCUGGGCAAAGGGAGAACGAAGAAAUGCUGGAGAGAAUGAAAGAGAGAGAGACUAGCUUUGAGGCAGAGCUGACCAACAUGAGAGUAUCUCUAGAAACUAGAUUAGAAACAUCAGAAAAUGAAAGAGACCAGAACAUAAGCGCUCUCAAUGCAGAGUUACAGAAAAAGACAGCAGAGGUGGAUGAAAUGAGAGCAGAACUUGAAUCUGGGCAAAGAGAGAAAGAAGAAAUACUGGAGAGAAUGAAAGAAAGAGAGACUAGCUUUGAAGCAGAGCUGGCCAACAUGAAAAUGUCUCUAGAAACUAGAUUAGAAACAUCAGAAAAUGAAAGAGACCAGAACAUCAACGCUCUUAAUGCUGAGUUACUGAAAAAGACUGAAGAGGUGGAUGAAAUAAGAGCAAAACUUGAAUCUGAAGAAAGUGAGAAGAAGAAAAUGCUGGAGGAAUUCAAAGAGAGAGAGACUAGCUUGGAGGCAGAGCUGGCCAACAUUAAAAUAUCUCUAGAAGCCAGAUUAGAAACCACAGAAUGUGAAAAAGAGCAGACCAUCAAUGCUCUCAAUGCUGAGUUACUGAAAAAGACCACAGAGUUGGAUGAAUUGAGAGAAAAGCUUUCAGCUGAGGAGAGAGAAAGACUGGAGACAUUACAAGAGAGACAAACAAAGUUUGAAACGGAGCUGGCCAACUUGCAAGCCUGUCUGGAAGUCGCUGAGAAACAGAAAGAGGAAAUGACGAAGAAGCUAGAAGUGGAGGCGGCAAACCGCAUGGAAGAGCUUCAUCAGCUUCAGGAGAAGCUCAACGAAGUGGAAAGAGGACGGGAAGAACAAUCUAAGAGUGAAAGAGAUCACUUAGCACAGAUGCAAAACGAGAUUGAGUCAUUAAGAGAGACACUGGAUGCCAAUAAAGAAGAACAGAAAGCAAGUCUGCAAGCUAAGGACGCACUGGAGAAGCUUUGGAGAGGAAUUCAGAAUUUGACAACUGCUGGGGAAGCAGCGGUUGAAGUAUCCAUUCCUACUGACCCUGCACAGUUCCUAGAGGUGUUACCUGCUCUAGAAGCUCAGCUGAGCAACCUCAAAGAUGAACAGCAGGAGAGUCAAACAAGCUUGUCCCAGAUCACACUCACUCUACAAUCUCUGCAAGGUCAACUGGAUAAGAGCACAGCUGAGAGAGAGGAAGCAGUUGCUAGGAUACAGGAACUGGAGCAACAACUUCUGACUGUUCAGGUUACUAGUGAGUCAUUACAUGAUCAUGUGACUGAUCUGUCUGCGAGGGAUUUAGACAGGACAAACCAGGAUAACAGUGGAGAUGGACAUAGCUCAGAAAACAAAUUACAGACAGAUCGGAUACUGUUUUUGGAGCAGCAGCUUGCAGACAGAGAAGGGGAACUCUUUGCUCUCAAAGAAAAACUGUCACUCAGCACAGGCAAAACUAUUCCAGAGGAGGAAAGUACAGAUAGCGCAAGCAGAGGGGACAUCGCUGGGUUGCACGACAACUCUACAGCACUGUCUGAGGGCACACAAGAGGAAGAGACAACACUUGUGGCAGUAGACACAUCUGUUAUGUCUGUUUCUGCUGGCAAUGAGAGUAGCCCUGAGCUUAUAGUACCUCAGCCUGAGUCUCCUGGAGAAUCAAAGGGUACGUCUUCGGAUGAGAUGGUGACAAGCAGUGACUCAGAGGUGGCUCAUAGUAGCUGGACUCUUCUGGAAGCAGUCAACCAAGAUGGGACUCAAGAGUGGGCACCCCAAAUUCAGGACUUUGCCUCAAUGCGCUUAUCCACGCAAUCUUGGGAAGAGACGUGUGAGGAGCAUGUUGCAUCAACUACUUGCAUAGUUGACAUUGAAUCUCCAUCUGUAGUUAUCCAUGAAACUGUACAGGUACGUCUCGACCAACGAGAGGGAAGUCUGCUGAAUGCAGAUGCAAGCACUGGUCAGGCUUUUGCACAAGUCUUAGCAGAAGAGAUUCAGAAAAGAUACAGUGAACUUCUGGGAGAGCUUCAGCAGUUGAAAGAUACAGCUUUACAAUCGCAGGAAAGAGUCUCCCAGCUGGAGGAAUCAGUGAAGUCACUCACAGAUUCCAAUAAUGAGUCUCAGUCCAGGGCAAAUAUAUAUGAGAAAGAGCUGAUUGAAGUUAAGGCAUUGUUUGAGCAAGAAAAACUAGAUAGGCAAAAUGUUGCUGAGCAGUUUGAGAACUUGCAGGAAGAAGUUCUCUCUAAAGAUGAUAAGCUGAAAGCCUUAGAGGCAAGCCUUGAUGAAGUCAGUCAAAGACUUGUUGAACAAGAAGGUCAAGCUAGAAUGCUGGCUGCUCAGCUGGAGGAUAGAGAGUUCACCACCUCCGAACUGGAGCAGAAGCUCUUGGACAUGGAGGGCAGGUUAGUGCAGGUCUCUCAGGAGGCUGAUAAGGCAAAAGCUGCUCUCGUUGACACUACUGCUGAGCUGGAAGAUCUACAAAAGUGUCUUUCACAGAAAGACCAAGAGAUGAUGGAACUCAAUGAAAGCAUGACUGCCAAACUACUCCAGACUGGAGAGGAGAAGUUUGCAAUAUCCAGUGAAGUCAAAAAGCUGAAAGAACAAAUACAUGAACUUGAGAGUGCCAGGGAUGACCAGCAGAAAAAUGUAGAGGAUAAAACAGCAGAAUGUGAGGAGCUUGUUGCUUUACGAAAGGAGAAGGAGGAUUUGAAUACACAAAUGGCUGCCAUGAAGAAAGAUGGAGAACAUGUCAAGAGAAAGCUGCAGGCGGCUCUAAUACAACGGAAAGAAUUGUUGAAAAAAGUUUCAGACUUUGAGAAGGAGGCUAAGAGCAGGGAAGAAAAGGAAAGAGAUGAUAAUGAGGAAACUACUCUUCAGUUUAAAAAUGAAAUUAAGGAAAAAGAGAAAGAAAUACAGAGACUGGAUACUUUGUUGCAAGAGACCAGAGAUGUCUUAAAUUUAAAAGAAGAGACCUUGACAAGUCUGAAACAAAAAAUCAGUGACCAAGACCAAGCACUGACUGAGUCACGUGAAGAAAUACAACGUUUAACAGAGCAGUAUGUACAACUAAAUGAACAACAAAUGUCACAGAUGGGUGAGGACAAAAAUAGGCUUCUUUCACAGAUAGCGUCCAUGGAAUCUGACAUUGAAACACUGCAUAAAAAGCUUCAGGAAGCUCAAGAUGACGCUGUUGUGAAUGCUCAAGAGAAAGAUCAUCAUCUUGAGCAGAUGAAACAACAGAAAGAGGAGUACAGUGACCUUUUUGAACGAUUCCAAACUGAAGAGAGAGAAAAAGCUGGGUUGUUGAAUCGUAUUGUGGAGCUUGAGGGUCUGCUAGAAUCAAAGAAUGAUACAGAUCAAGUGGUGCGUGUGAAUUUGGAGAGGAAUGUUGGGUCAGCUACACAGAAUCUAGAGAAACCAGAGACAAAUGAUUGGGUUCAGGAGGACUGGGUGGAUUUUGCUUCAGCUGAGAUUGAGACACAACAAAACAAACCUGGUGAGCAAUCUCAACAACCCAUGGCUAAAAAUCAUGAGGACAUUAUAAAUGCUCUCAAGGAGGGAUUAAGAGUUGAGCAGGCUGCUCGUGCGGAAUUAGAAGUGCGUUUACAAGAGAGCCAAUCCUCUCAAUCACACUCUGAUAGCAAAUUUAAAGAGCUUUGCGAAGAACUUGAAGCUUUGAGAGAAAAGGAGAGGCAGAUUGAUGUUCUUACUGAGGAAAUGAAGGCUCUUAAGGGGAAAUGUCACAAUGCUGAAGCUCAUGCAGAGAAGCUGAAAGCGGAGGUGGAUGAGGCUUGGGAAGCAGCUAAAAGAAGCAUCUCAGAUGCUGAGUCCCCAAUCAAAGCACUUCAGUCAGAGGUGGAGGAAUUUAAACAAUUUCUUAAAAACAAGAACGAUGAGAUUAUUGAUUUGAGCCAACAGCUUAGCGAACAAAGUUCUCUUCUACUUAAGAUGCAGGAAACAGUACUGGAGAAAGAUCAACAGAUUGCUUCCCUACAAGAAGGGCUUAAAGCUGAGCAAGAUAGGGUCCAGAAACUGGAAGCAGAAAUGCCACAACGCGAGGAAGAAGAGAAAGAUAAUAGUGCCAAACUCCAACAGCUUCAGCGUAAACUCCAGGCUGCUCUUGUGUCACGUAAAGAGGCACUCAAAGAGAAACAGAUGUUGAAGGAGGAACAGGCUGCUGCUGAGAAAAUCAAAUUAGAGCUACAACAGAAACUGGAGUUAAUAGAGGUGGAGCUGAACAAGUCAAGAGAAGAGAGGGAGAAGUUAAUUGAGGAGGUGGAUCGAACUUUGUUGGAAAACCAGAGUCUGCAUGCUUCCUGCGAGAGCCUAAAACUUGCUAUGGAGGGUGUUUUGAAUGAGAAGGAUGCAUGUAAACGUCAGGCAGAGAGUGCCAAAGAGGAAUCCGAGCAAGCGUGCAGGCAGCUGGAGGAAAAGGUGCAAAGCAUGAAAGAAGAGUAUGAAUCCCUCCUGAAGUCAUAUGAAAAUGUGAGUGAUGAGGCUGAACGAGUGAGACGAGUGCUUGAAGCUGCUCGACAGGAGAGGCAGGAGUUAGCAGCCAAGGCACGAGCUCAUGAGACAGCCAAACAAGAGGCUGAGAGGUUAGCUGAGGAAGCUAUGAAGGAGGUGGAUGUUGUGAAAGAAAAAAUGAGAAAGUUUGCCAAGGUUAAGCAUCAGAAGAUCACGGACCUUGAGGAGGAGAAUGAAAGGCUUCGGGAACAGGAAGAGAAGAAAAUGACUAAACAUAAAGAUACUGGGCUAAAACAAGAAUUGGAGAAAGUCAAACAAGAGUUUGAGACCUUAAAAACAAAUUAUAAUCUUGUUAUGGAUGAAAGAAACACUUUCGAACAUGAAGCUGAGGAGUUGAGACAACGUUUGGCUGAAGAAAUUGAAAGAAAGGCCAGUGAGACCCUGGACACACACUCUGUGGAAACUAUUAAGGAGGUUAAAGUUGUCACACAGCAGAGAAGUCCUGAUUUAAUUGAUAUCCAAGAGUACCAGAGUGAUAGUAUUUCCCUAGAGGCUAAUCCCACAAAGCCUUUGGAGUCCACUGGCACUGCUCUUGAACAACAAGUCACAAAAGUGCAAGCAAACGCUGAGAUGAUUACUCAAACAGAGGAGAGGCUCAAGGAACUGGAAACCUCUCUCAAAACAGCAGAGAAUAAGAUAAGGGAACUUGAAGCUGCUCUUGAAGAUCACAUGGAAUCCAGAAACAAGGAAGAGUCAACGCUUAAUGCAGAGCUUGCUUCCUUCAAGAAGAACCUUCAGGAGUCUUUAGAAAGAGAGGGGCUCCAGAAGGAAGAGCUCUCUAAGAAAGAGACCCAACUGCAAGAACUCCGCACUAGCCUAGAGGCUGAAAGGGAUGACCUGGAGGAGCGGUUAAUGAACCAACUGGCUCAGCUCAAUGGCAGCAUUGCAGGCUACCAGCAAGAGGCAUCUGACAGUCGCGAUCGCCUCGCAGACAUGCAGAGGGAGUUGGAGAAGCUGGAGAGAGAGCGGGCUGAGCUGGAGGCUGAGGUGGCAAGUGAGAGGGACCGGGCAGCCAGGAUGGAAGAGGACAUGAGGCAGGCCCAACGAGAAAGAGCAGAGGCAGAGGCUGAGUCAGGCAAACAGAGAGAGCUGGAGCAGAAGUUGAAAUCGGCACAGAGGUUUAAAGAAGGUAGUCAAAACAGAACACGCCAACUUGAGGAACUGCUUAGGGAGAAGCAACUGGAGGUCCGUCAGCUACAGAAAGACUGCAUUGAAUACCAGGAAAGAAUAAGUGAACUGGCUAAAGAAGUUAAAUCAUUGACAUUGGGCAGAGAUGAGGUGAGUGCAGAACUUGAGGCAGCACGCUUAGAAAUUGCAAAGAUUAUGCAAGACAAAACAAGUAUUGGAGCAGAACUUUCAACAUGUAAAGGGAAGCUGGACAUUGCACUGGAAGAAGCAAAGCAGGCCCAAGCAGACAAACUAGCUGCUGAACAAAUGGUACAACGCAAAGAGGUCGAGUUGAAGGCAGAUGCAGAGCGUACCUUGGAUGAAGUCAGGUAUCGCCUUGGAGCCGAGCUUAAACAGAUGGAAUUAAGACUAGAGAAAUCAUACCGAGAGCGGGAGAGGGAAGAGGAGGCAACUCUCGAAGCAAGGAGUAUUGCUGAGGCCGCAGACAGGCAUGCCCAGGAAAUGCAGGCACGUCUAGAUGAAGCACUGGCUCGGUUAGCAGCCUUUUCGCGCUCUAUGUCGUCCCUGCAGGAUGAUCGUGAUCGAGUGCUGGAUGAGGCCAAGCAAUGGGAGAAUCGUUUUCAUAGCGAGCUGCAGGAAAAGGAGGCUGAUGUUCGGGAGGCUGAGACCCGUGCUAAAGAACUUGCUGAGCAACUCCAGAGGGAGACCACCCAAAAAGAGGAGCUGCAGAGUUUAUUAGAAAGAAUGCAAAAGACAGAAGAGAACCUACAGCUAAAGCUGUCUGAGGCGGAAAAGAAACAUAACGAAAGCCUUGCAGCUCUUGAGAAAGAAAGAGAGGAUCUGCAGCAGAAGCUCGCUCUAGUAGAGACCAACCUGACACAAACUCGUUCCCAGUUGUCUACACUGGAGACAGAGGCAGAGGGACUACGGCACCGGACCAAAGCUCUAGAAGAAGCAGUAGACAAGCUUCAAAGUGAUAGUAAUGAGGCACGUGCAGUGAUCAAGGAAAGGGAGACAGAAGAAAGAAGACUAUGCUUGAGGCUUGAGCAACUGGAGACAGACCUGGCAUCUUCAAAGAACCUUACUGACAAUCUUCAGGCAGCUUUGGAUGAGAAGGAGAAGAGGGAGUUGGAGCUCCUUGGUGAGAAGGAACAUGCUGUGACACAGGCUGUAGAGGAGGCUAGGAAGGAUGCAGAUGGAAGGGCCGAGAUGGCAGAGAAAGAGCUGGAGAAGAAGAGAGAUGAGUUGCGUGGUUUAGAAGAGAGACUUCGUAAGGCUGAGGAGGACACUUUUCAGAGCAGGGCUCAACUUGAGUCCUUUACCAAGGCUAUGGGCUCCUUGCAAGAUGACAGAGACAGAGUGCUCAGCCAAUACAAACAGCUAGAGGAAAAACAUCUCCAGGUUAUGAUGGAGAAGGACAAUCUGAUCCAAGAGGCUGCAGGUGAAAACAACGGGCUAAAGGAGGAGAUUAGAGCCUUGUUGUCACAGCGGGAUGAUCUCAAUGCUGAGAAUGCCAAGCUGGCUGCCCAGCUUCAUGGCUACAGAAAUGACCUGAACCAGGUUCUUGCUAUGAAGGACUCCCAGCACAAACAGAUUCUUGCUGCCCAAGUAGAGCGCAUCAGUUUUCUGGAGAGAGAGAAAGAAGAUCUCGAGAGCCAAAUUCAGGCUGUUGUAAAAAAUGUUGCACAAGGAAAGGUACCUCCAUUGGAGCAGGAGAUCUUGAGCCAAGCCAGUGAAGGAAGUGUUAAGCAAGAUGCACCAGGGGCCGAGGUAGAGAAGCUAAGAGAACAGCUCCAAGUUGCUAGAAAGCGUAUCGCCACCUUGGAGGAGACCUUGGAAUCUGAGAAGGAGACCCAGGCAGUCCACAGCAAAGAGUUGAAGGAGCUACACUGGGAAGGUAGCAUCCUGCGCACCGAAGCUGAAACAGCCGAGGAAAGGGUUGCGGAGUUGGCUCGAGACCUGUUGACGAUGGAGCAGCAGCUUCUGGAGGAAAGGGAAACAGCGUCUCAGCUUCGAGCUCAGAAUCAGUCUUUUGGUCAAUCCAUGGCCUCUCUGCAGGAUGCCAGAGAUCAGGCUAUCAAUGAGGCCAAGGAGCUGCGUCUCCGUUUGGAUGAGAUAAACCGAACGGGUCACUCAGCUUCUCCUCCAAGUGGCGCUAAAGGAGAAGUGUGGAGCCUAAAAAAUGCUCUGGCAGCACUGCAAAAUGACAGGGAAAGAAUGUUGGAACAGCUGCACUUGCAGCGGUCUGAAUUGGAUCGACUUGGAUCUGGUGAACUAUCCAGGCUCAAUCGGGCUCUGGAGGAUGAGAGACGAAGGGCAGGGGAUCAAGAGGAAAAGAUCAUGGCUGAGCUUAGGGAUAGAGAUGCACAGAUGGACAGAUACAAGCAAGAACUGGAAAUGCUCAGACUUGAGAGAAUGGACUGGCAGGGCCAGGCUGAGCUCUUGAAGCAGCAGACCCUGACCACCCUCUCAGAAAGGGACCAACAGGUUCGCCAGCUUACUGCAAUGCUGGAGGAAGCACAGUCCUCAAAAUUACGACUUGAGCACACACAAAGACAGGGAAGCCUUGCAGUAGAUGCUGCCCCUGGUGGCCCUCUAGAGCACAACGAGGGCUAUAAAGCUGAGUGUAUUGAACUCCAGAGAAGGCUGGAUGAAGAGUCGGAACAGAGACUCAGAGUAGAGGAGCAGCUCAUCGCCGCACAGGACCGCCUCAAACGCUAUACACAGGGGGAGUGGCAGACAGCAUCUGAUGCCAUGAUGUCAGAAACAGCUGUGCUUAUUGAGCCUACAGAGGGCGCCGUUACACGGACUCGUAGUGGUGGACCUGGGCUACUGCGGAUGCUACGAGUUGCAUUCUGCUCUCGUCAGCGAACCCCUCUGCUGAUUUCCCUCUACCUGCUGACUGUUCACGUGCUGUUGCUGCUAUGCAUGGGAGGAUAUCUGUGAGAGAGAUUAAUCACGCUUUACUGAGAGUUACAAGCUCAUUCACUUAUACAAAACAAAUGAACACUUUAUUUAACACAGGGUUAAUUAAUUUACAUUCUUCUAUGAAUAUUUUCCCUUGCUUAUUUACCAAAGUUACAUCUGAUCUGUUUGUUUUCUUUUUUUUUUAUCAGAGCGUUCUGACAGAAAAUAAUUUCCACCCAGUUUUAAUGGGGCUUGUCCAGUCUAGUAACACUAGAGCACUACCUGCACUUCCUCGGGAACAUUAUUUUACCCUUUAAGACAGCCCAAAUUAAUGAAGGAAUUUGUAAGCAUCUGGAAAAUGUAGAUGACAGUAUCAGCAUAUUUCAACAGGGUCUUUCACAAUGUCUGUCAAAUGCAUAAAGGUAUUUUGCCCACAUUCCAGCUUCCUGUAGUUAGUUUUCUCUCUUGAUAACUCUUUAUUUCUGCAUAAAGUCAUAACUUUCAUAUGUAAUGGCAAAGCUAAUACAGAUACUGGGUACGUCUGCAUGGCAAGACGUCAGAAGUCUUCUAGAAAUGUCCUAGUGUAUUGACUGUUUCCUUUGACGGCGGACUGGUUUGCCAGCUUGGUGCAAUACUGUCAUUUAUAUUUGUUGAUUUUAAUCGGUGGUUUUUCGGUUUAUUUGUUAGUUUUGUUGGUGUUUUCUUUAACAAACACUACACAUCGUCUUCUAUACAUCUGGACUACUGUUGCUUUUAUUCACCGUUAAAGGUAUAAAUGAAAUACCUUGAAUUUAUUUAGAUGUUUUGAUUCUGUUUCAGUUAUAAGAAAGCUUCAUCAAGUCAUUCAUGUUCUGCUUAUUUCUAGUUUCUGAGCCAGAGCCAGGCGUCCUAUUCUCACUUAACUACUGUCACACAAAUCUGUUUGGGCUGUAUAGGGAUGGAUUAGAUUGUGGUUAAAAUGUUGUCUCUAUUUACAGUGAGAUUUUAAGAACAGCCCAAGUGAGUGUUUUAUCUGUAAAAUCUGUGUAAAUGAUCCUUUCUCUCCCUCCUGCUACCCUGUUGUAGGGGCUAUUUUUUGGAAAUAAAGUCUAUUUAUGGGAAGACAUACA